CGAGAACAAUGCGAGUAAAUCCAACGUAGACAGCACAACUGGAGGCAGUCUGGGUUUGCGCGCUGGUGCUUUUGAUGAAUCUGCUGGUGUCGCUCCUCGUCACAUCUCGAAUUUGGCCGGCGACCUCCUCCUCCCUUUGAUCUCAUUGCAUUACACCUGGAGACAAAACCCAGGCGAUAGCUUUCUUGUCAUCUAGAUCCUGGACUUCGCUACGGCCAUCAACCACCUCGAUAUUGGCACAGCUCAUACCUGAGUCGGGCGCCUCUCGGUUCACAACAUCGCCGUGUGCUCGUCCUAUGCCUCGACACCCAAUAUUACCCCAACCAACAUCGUAACCAACCAACAGAAUGAAGAUAGCCUGCCUCCAAUUCAACCCCACCCUGGGCGCAGUGCAAUCCAACAUCGACCGCGCCAACGCCCUCCUCGAACCCCUCAAACCCGCCCAACUCGACCUCCUCAUCCUCCCCGAACUGGCAUUCUCGGGCUACAACUUCCCCGACCUGGCCUCCAUAACACCCUACCUGGAAGCCACGACGUCCGGUCCAACAACGCAAUGGGCCAUAGCCACCGCGCAGAAACUCGGCUGCUGCGUCACCGUAGGCUAUCCCGAAAUCCACACCGCGCCAAACGGGCAUACGAAGAACUACAACUCCACCGUCACCGUGUCCGCCACGGGCGAAGUACUGCUCAACUACCGCAAAUCCUUCCUCUACUACACCGACGAAACGUGGGCCUCGGAGGGCCCGGACGGCAUCACACACGACUCUAACCUGCAUCUUUCCCCCGGCACAGCAGCAGCAGCGAAGCCCUUCUUCUGCGCCGACCUCCCCGCCCCGCUAGGCCGCAUAGGCCACGGAAUCUGCAUGGACAUCAACCCCUACAAAUUCACCGCGCCGUGGACAGACUUUGAAUUCGCCACGGCGAUGCUGCGCGGCGGCGCGCCUCUCGUCGUCCUCAGCAUGGCCUGGCUGACGAGCCUGCUGCCCCCGGAUUUGGAGCUCGAGCCCGAGCAGCCGGAUAUGCAGACGAUUGCGUACUGGAUUGAGCGCAUGUUUCCGCUUUUCGAGGCCGAGGAGGAGGUGGUGGUUGUUUUUGCUAAUCGGUGUGGGGUCGAGAAUCCGGCGUGUUAUGCUGGUAGUAGUUGUGUGAUUAAGUUUCAUCGGGGCACGAUUAGGAUGUACGAAAGGAUUUUGGGCAAGGGUGAGGAGGGGGUUUUGGUGGUUGAUACGGCGCAGGUGGGUUUCUGGGUUGCACGUGAUGUCUUGUCCAUGGUCACUGACAUGAUGCAGAUGCCGAAGUUUGAGCUGAAGAUGGGGUGA